AGCAUGCAGUUUGGCAAUGGACGAUGGAGGCCGUUGUCUACUUGACGUGAUUAAUGAUCCUAAAUUGCUACAAUCAUUUUUGGAGAGUGGCAGUGAUGAUAAUUCCAAAAUGUAAAUAUUGAAUAAAAAAUUUCGCCCAGUUUGCCCCUCCAUGAAGUUCUGAAAGGUCUCCAUGUAAAAUAUAUAUAUAUCUAUAUAUAUAAACAAAAACAAAAAUUAGCCCUUGUUUUUGGGUUUUUAUUUUUUAUUUAGUUUUUUUAGUUUCAAGAUUUUCUUUGAGUGUUAAUGAAUAUGCUGAGUACUGAACCUUAUUUAGACUUUAACCAGCUGGAUUUUCUUUUAGAGGAUCCACAGGAUGGAACUUCACCAGAAUCUGCUGUUGAAAGUCCACACCUAUCGAAGAGUUCACAUUCAACUCUACAAAAUCACCUUUCGAAUGAACACUUAGUUGAGCAACAAGAUCAAAUGGGCUUUAGCUAUGCAAUAGAUGGCCAAGCAUUAUUGGCUCAGGGUGGAAUUUCUGCUACUACUACUGGAUUGGGUGGUAUGCCACUAGUGGUAGCAUCUGCCGUGACGCCACAAACCUAUCAGCACCCUUCUUCAAGUGGAGCAACAAUUCAUCAUUUGCCUUCAUCAAUAACCCACACGCCCUUGCAUCCUCAUUCUCCGGCAUCUGCCAGAUCCCUUACACCUCUUCACAAUGUUAAGUCACCUGGUCCAUCAUCUGUACAUAGUAUGCCACCACCUUCUCCUCUACAACAAACCAGAUCACCACUGCCUUCUCACACUCCAUCUCCUGCCCCUGCCUGGUCACCUGCACCACCCGUCUUAUCACCCGCUUCAUCAAGGACUCAAACUGCAAUGCCAUCUGUUGCUUUCCAGCAAUCACACAAUCAAAUCCUCCAAACUUCCGGCAGCGUUACGCAAUUUGUAACAGCUCUGGCCAAUCAACAAUCAGUUGCUCCAAAAUUAACUCUUCAACAACAGCAGCAACUCUUUCUUCAGCAGCAAUUAACUCCAGUGUCUCAGCAUCAAGUUAAUCAAAGACUAACAGCUGUGUCCUCCGCUGUUGCGACAUCGACUGUUUCCGUAAAUACGCCUGUUGUACAAUUGAUACCUGCUCAGUCAAAUGUUACAUUAUCAUCUAGGACUUCACAUUGUGCAGUUCGCCCUAUUCAACCCAAAGUUCCACCCCAAAUUUUACCGAAACCUGCCACCUGUAGUGCAAAUCAAUUUGUAACUCCAACUCCUGCUCCUAAACCAACACAUACACCAGUUACUACUAAUCAAAGGACAGUUGGAGUAGGACUUCAGCCUGGCACUCCAAGUCAGUUAGUUAUCAAUCAAGGUCAACCUGGUGUUUUUUCUAGCCCAUCUGGUACAAUAGUACUUAACCCAAUUAUUCCAGGAGUAGGGCAAAGUCCAAUUGUAAUACAAGGAAACUUAGGCCAUUUGACUAACUUACCUGGUAGCAUUCAACUAACAUUACGUCCGCAAAACAGUGCAUCACCUGCACAAUCAAUGAACUCAACGAAUAACCAGAACAAUGCUACCUUGAUUGCAGCUCUCCAAGGUCCUAGCCAGCAUACACAGACUUUGUUUGCCCCUGCUAAAUCACCAAUUCAUGGCCAGCAAACAAUUGUAAUACCCAAUAACAUUGCUCAUGCUGGAUUGGCAUCUCAGAACAUAAACCUAUCGUCUGCUGGCAUUCCUAAUAGUGGCAUCCUAUCCUCUACAUCCCAAGGACAGCAGUUCUUGAGGUCGAAUUUCAUUCUUUCUCCGAGGGUAGUUGGGAAUCAUGGUAUUCAAUUUCAACAGAUACAAACUCCCACUGGUCCCAUUUUCUUUGCUCCCAGCCAGGCCAUUGCUGUUCCUCAUCUUCAGACUGCUACGUUGGGAAACGCGCAGCUAGCCCCAGUCACAGUUCCGAUGCAUAGUGUAAUGGCAGCUGGCCAAGGAGGGGUUAUAUCUGGUUUAUCCCUUCAAUCUCAUCCACCACAGUCUGCCUUACAACAACAGCCACAACAGUCUUUGUUUGGUACAGUUCCUUUUUCUAGCCAUUUAGAACACUCAUCACCUCAGGUGAUACAAGUGCCACAGCCUUUGGCUCCUCCUCAACAGUUACCUACCAAUCAGACUCUCCAAAAUCACCAAAUAGAAAGCUCUCCUAAGUCAAAUUCCCCUCCAAAAUCUUCCAAAAUUCCUAGCGUUAACCUUGAAGAAUUAUUGAAAGAACAUGGCAUUGUUCCCACGGAAAAUUCUCCACUUCCUUCUCCUGACUGUAAUUCGCCUUUAAUGGAAGAUCCACCCCAGCAGCAAUCCCUUGUACCAUCUCCACAUUUAGUCACAACACUACAGUCACAACAGAUAGUUUUGGAACAACCCCAAAAUCAUUCUACCUUAGGGCCUCUUAAAGUAGCCGUGGCCCAAGACGGAAGUGUCAUCAUCCAGUCUCAUAAUACAAUUAGUGGACCCUCCAGGAUGCAGCAGCAUUUUGUUCCUUCUGGUCAAGUUCAUGCUAGGACUAAUUGUCCUGUAAUCCUUCCUACUGUUACAUCCACUGCAUCAGUUCCUGUUGUUUCAACUGAGUCAACUUCUUCUCGCAAUCACUCUGCACUGAUUGCUAGGUUGAAUGCUGCUCCAGCAAUCACCGUGCCUGAUGUAGCAUCGUUGGCUUUGUCACCUGGUGUAGGCGUGUCUACAAACUCAUCAGUGACAACCACCACUAUUACAACAACUACUACGACUCUUGUGCCAUUAUCUGUACAAAGUUUAAGUGUAAACAAUACUCCCAUAGUUGUACAAAGGACGUCUUUUCCUGGAAAUUUUGAAAGGGUGCUUCUGACAGAGGACAUUAUAGUGUCUCAUGCACCGUCUGUGGUUACGUCAACUGUGCAAAACAGAGUGAACCGUACACUGGUUGUUCCUAAUGAACAGCGUAUCCAAAGUAUUCCCAAAAUUAUUCAGAACUCGCAUGUGAAUAAUGUGAGUAGUAGCUCUCAAAAUAUUCAAGCAGAAUUACCCAAGUGUACUCAUAAGGAGACGCCACACGCUGUGAAAGCCGUUGACAAUGGUGCUGUAGUGUCCAGCCAUAAUCAUUCCUCUAUAUCAUCUAGUGUGCCAAAUCAAAUUCUUCCCAAGCUGCAAAAGGAAAUAACUGAGCUUCUAACACUGAAAUACCGUGGACCUGAGCUGCAAAAAGUUCUUGAACAGCUUGCUACUCUUCAGCAAAAAAUUACAGGACAAAAUAAAGGCAAAGGUUGCAGAGCAAACCAAAUUCAAAACCAGUGCAAGAUGGAAGCAGAAAUUGAAAAGCUCAUUCAAAAAUCGCAACAACUUCAGUCUGUUAAAGUAGAGUCUUCUGAGCCACCACCGCGUCCUAUUCAGAUGAAAUCUCACCCGAUUCAGCAAUUGGAGAAACAGCAGCAGAAUACUACUAUGAAGCCUGUGAAUUCUAACAUGAAUUUGGUGAACCUAUUGAAGCAAGGUUCUUCACACAGUACUCCUGUUGUGAAGCCGGCACCUCCUCCUGUAACAGCUACUACAACUGUUUGUGAUAAUACGACUGCAAGUCAAUCUGUUGUACAUUCUACUGUUCAAAAAGUUAAUCAAAUUCCUGUCCAGAGACCCGUACCUACCAACAACAAAACGGCUCCUGAAAUUCAGCCUCAAGUUAUUGUAAAAUUACAAAAGCCUGCUGCGUCCCUAAAUGCUCCGGUGUGUACAAAUGUUCCAAAAGUAAUUCCUCAUGUUAAAAGGACAGUCAUUAAUUCUGUACCUAAAACUGUGCUGAUAUCUGAGCAAUUAGCAAAAGAUCAAAAUGCUUCACUUAACCCAGAUCUUAAAACUCCAUUUCUGUCAAAAGCUGAUGCUUGCAGGAGACUCCUCAGUUAUCAUGUCUACAACUCAAAACUGCCCUCUCUAGCUGAAUGUGAUAAUGCAGAUGAAGCAUUUGAAAAAGCCACUAAGCAAUGUUUUACAAAUAUGAAAAUUUUGAGAAGCAAAUACCACCUUUUAUUACUAAAAGAAAGCAUGCGUAUGUGCCCUACUCCCGAUCAAGUUUUAAUGGAGCGCCUGUUCAUUGAUGAUGAAAGAGCAGCUUUACAAAAGGAUAAAGCUUUAGUGGCUGAAGGAAAAAACUUGUCUCUACCACCACCACCCUCUUCUUGGCUUCAAGAACUAAAGAAGUCGGUCGAGGUAAAAACAGAGAGCAUCAAAGAAGAACCGGUUAGCGAACCGGACGAGCCUCCCGAGGUGAGCCUUGAUCGUCCGAUAAAGGAAGACAGUGACUCCCUCUGUAAGGAGGAUGACAAUUUAGAAGCGCCUGUGAUUGACAGCUGUGCAGACAUAGUGGUGCCGCAAAAUGACGACAGCUGUGAGCGCAGCCCUCCUACUCUUAAAAGGAUAGUGAUACAAAAUGAAAAGUUUUCUGAAAGUGACUCCGAGGAACCUCCUCCUCCCAGAAAACGUUUGAAGUACAAUAGCCCCAAAACAGAAAUGUAUAGUAGCUCUAACUGUAAACCACAAGAACCCCCAUCGCUGAGCUGCGAGCCCGAAAAUUCCUUCGGGAGAACGGCCGACAAGAAAAAUAGUGAGAAAGACUUUGAAAUUAAGACAAAUAACACGUACCCCCUUAUGACACGCCAAGCGUUUCAAAGUGACGAUGUGGUGUACGAAAUAAGGAAAGAGCUAGAUAUGUCUCCUAUGGAGAUGGACGAUGAUGACGACGACGAAGAUGUUCCACACAUAGUGGACUUUGAUACUCCUAGCGUGGCGAACCAUUUAGCGGACUUUGAGCCUCCGGUCGCUAGGACGGAAGAGUCCUGUGAUUCAAACUUGUUGUAUAAUAGUAGUAUAAGAACUAACUGUGCUAUUAAAUAUGAUUUUGAUCUAUUGGGAUCAGAUUGGACAGAAGAUUACACUCAUCCUCAGGCAAACGAAACAGACCUUGCCGUCGAGAAUAUCAUGGUCGGACACCAGAGCGGUGCGUCCGAUUUAGAUUUAUCCGGCCUGGAUGGGCUGGAGGAACAUUUGAACGACAGUCGGCAUUGCAUUCCAAACGGCAUCCAGGAGGACGAGACUUCUGCCGAUUCUGAACCAAACUUUAUAGGGUAUCGUAUUCCUAAACAUCAUAAAAGGUUCCCGGGUACUAGCACAAUGCAGAACAGCUCUUCGAGUACGCGAGAUCAAGUACAGAGUGCCAUCAAAAGUAUUAUAGGGACACCAGCGGAGAGUCGUUCUUAUUUCGAGGGAACUGAUUUUCUGUCGUUGAAUAGGCACAGUCAUAACACGCACAUCACAGACUUUGGAGGUGUGGGUGGCGAAGUGGGCUUUUCGAGUGGCUCUAGGGAACCGGAUCUGGAUGAAGCGGUUCGUAGUAUAUUACUAUGAAACGUGUUCUUAAAAAGCUGCCUGCCCAAGCAUCACUGUGCACUUAUUUAUUAUCAUCCCUAUAUUGAUUUAUCAUCCUUGUACAAUUAUUUGUGAUAUCUGCAUUAUUACAUUUUUUUUACAUAAAGAAUGAUUUCAUUAAUCUAAAAAAAAAAGCAAUAAAAAAUCAAUUGUGUGUACUGUUUAAAGUUAAAAUAUAUAUGUUGAAGUGAUUUUAGAGUAUGUAAAAAAGUUUAUUUAUAAAAUUGUACUACAAAUAUCAAAAAUUGUUCUUCAUCUGUUUUUUUCUUCUUCUUCUUUCUAUUUUGUGCGUGUACUCCAGAACAGUGUUGAAAUUUUAUUAUCUUUUAUAGUACAAAAAGUUAUUUUCACAAUAGAAUAAGUGUUUUGUAUUAUACUAUUUAAAAAAAAAUGUUUUGCUCAAACCUUCUGUACUUAAUCAUGCUCGUAUUUAUCUAUGCAAUGUCUAUAGAAUGUGCUAUUUAUAGAUUUAAAAUUUUUGCCUCAUUAAGUUUUAAUUGCAAAUAUGUUGAACUUAUUUGUUAAAGUGAAAUUUAUACUUUGUGUCAUUGAUGACAAUUGAUCAAAGUAAAAACUAAGAACAAAUCAAUCCAUCUAGUUUCUUUUCAAAACUUUGGUGGUGGUUUACUGUGGCAGCAUGUUUAUAAUUGGCUUUGAGUGUUUAGUUGUCAAAAUUUUUAAUUCUAUUAUACUCUAAAUCAGUUUUAAUCUAAACACUAACA